AUGAAUAACGAACUUGAUUUAAAACGUAAACUGGUAGCUGUUACAGAUGCAGUUAGAAAAAAAUUUAAACAAAUUAAAACAGAAACGGCGAAGCAUAAAUUUGAAUUGGAGAAAUUCUAUGAACCAAUCACUAAACCCUUAACAUCUAUCUCUAAUGACGUAAAACAACAAAAACAGAGCAAACAACCAAACGCACAAACAAAACCGCGAAAGCAGAGUGUAAGCGUGUCGAUUGAUCCAUCAGAAAUAUUUGAGAAAUCACCAUCAAUGGCGGAGAGCACAUCACACCAGUCACUACAAAUAUCUACACCAAUAGAUGCAACGAGAAGGGAACACCUAUUCGACACACCCCCAUCAUCAAUUACAUCCCCUACAUUAUCCGAUGUAUCUAGUGGUAAAACAUCUACAAAAUCUAGGAGCUAUCUCAACGCACUUUUGAGGGGCCUUAAAAAAACACCAUCUCAGUAUGAUACCGUUUAUGGGGUACAUUACGGUAAUAAAAAUAGUAAGGUCAAAAAUAAGACAUACAUUGGCGAUAAGGAAGUACGUUUUCCCGAAGGAAAAGUAUCAUUAUAUAAUGACCUAUCGAGAAACAUUGCUAUAUUCGAUGGAAGCAGCGAACUUUACGAUUUGCUGUUUUUAAAAAGUCCACCAGUAUUGAAUAGAUUGGAUGACAUGCGUCCAUCUGUACGUCAAAAUUACGCAAACAUUUUAGAAUUAACGAAUGCCGCAUACAACCGCUAUGAUGAAAAACAUGGACUGACGGAAACUAGGUGGGAAAAAUAUUUGAAAAUCAUAAAACCUUUGAUGCAAAAGACGAAACUGGGUGAAGGCAUUCGCAAAAAGAACAAUAAAUUUACCAUAUACCACAAAAAAAACUUCUAUCAUGUCAUCAUCCCGAAUAUGUUUAUUGGAAUAAGCCCAAGGAGUUGGUAA